ACAUUAUAACUUAUUGCUAAUAUAAAAUAAUGGAAUCCAUCCCAUUCAAACACAAGGCACUCAUUGUCAUUGGAUCUAGUAUUUUAUUUUACUGAUUCAACCAACUUGUAAACUGGAAGAAGCAGGAAAAGUUAUCUGAAACAAGUGAUAUCUCAGAGGAUACAGUCAUUAUGGUUAGUGAAGAAAUGAGCUUAGACGAACCUUCUGGGAUUCAUCGUGAAGAGGAGAGCAGAGAAUCUCUGAGUGACGAUGAAUUCAAUUACAACCUUGUGUAUACAAAUAAGAAUAAUUGCGUCAUUGACUGCCAUGAUGAAAUUAUAGCUACAAAUAAUGCUAGAGAUUGUGAAUCUUUAUCAAAAGACUCCUCGACCAUCUCUCCUCACAAGGCUCGAAAGAUCAAAGGGCGUAAUAGAGAACAGAAUGCUAGGAAAUUUUUCGAAAAAUUAAGCAAAACGAAAUCUAAAGUUGUCAAAAAGAAACUAGAGAUGGAAGACUAUUAUGCACGGUUUUAAAAACAGUAAGGGAUUUGUCAAAAUUGGUCAUCAAAAUCUCAAAGAAAUUGAUUUGUCUUCUGAGAACAGCUCUUGUCUCACAGAAGGAGAUGAUGGAAGCUGAAUGAAUUCUCAAGUUAAAAAUAAAAAUCGAUCUAAGAAAGAUCCUUCAAAAGACUUAUUCAAAUCUGGUACAGAGAAGAAAUUUCAAAGCAUGGAAAGAUCUUCCUCAAUCAAGAAGGCUAAGGUUUUGGUGGGCAGAAAACCAAAGAAAAUCAGGAAGAAAGAUCUCAAGGUCCAUUAUAACGAUCUCAACAAAAAAGAUAAUUAUGUGUUCUUUGAACUACUUGCGACCUAUGCUGAUCAAUACCUAGACAACAAAGAGGCCACUACAAUGCCAGAGACUGAGAAAAGACUGAGAUAAGGUAUGGGGUACAAACAUAAAGAUUA